GCACCUUUGUUCUUACCUUUUUCUAUUGCUGUCUGUUUACCGCCAACAUUCUGUUCAUACUUACAAUUACACUCUCAUUCGCACACACCAAGCGACCCACACUUUAACAAUGUCUUCUCGUAUUAUUGUCAAAAACCUCCCCAAGCAUAUGACCGAAGAUCGGUUCCGUGAGCACUUUGGCAGCAAGGGCGAGGUCACGGACUCGAAACUCAUUUACACUGACGAAGGACGCUUCAGGCGAUUUGGUUAUAUUGGAUUCCGCUCUGAGGACGAGGCCCAGGCGGCGCAGAGCUACUAUGACGGAACCUUUGUCGACACUUCUCGGAUUGCCGUAGAAAUCGCAAAGCCCUUCGGAGACGCUGCCCUUCCUCGGGCCUGGUCAGCAUACACCAAGGGAACGACACUUUACAACAAAAUGCAUGGUGUCGUCGACAAGGCAGCCCAGGAGAAGGAGGACGCUAACAACAAGGUGAAGCAGAAGAGCCAGCGGGCCAUCAAAAGCCUGUACGACGAGCUUGUUGCCGACAACCAGGAUGACCCGCGGUUCAAAGAGUUUUUGCAGGUCAUGGCCCCGCGUGCGAGCAACAAGACCUGGACUAACGACGAUUAUGCAAACUGGCAGACCGACGAGCUGGCGGCGAUCAAGGACGCAGUUACUGCUCGGCGAGAGAAGGUAACCGCAAAGGGGGUUGCGUCCGACAAGAAGAGCAAGAAGAGCGAGCCCACCAAGAGCGAUGAUAAGCCCGUGGAUGUGGAUGGCGCUGAUGCGUCGCCCGACAAUGUCGAGAAGCCAGUGUCGGCCACGACCGGUCUUUCGGACAUGGAGUGGCUGCGCAUGCACAUGAGCUCCAACUCCGAUCAGGGGGAUCUGGAAAACGUCGAGGACUCUGAAUCGCAGGAUGCUAGCAAGCAGGAUGCCGACGGCCAAAAGCAGGAUGCACCAGACGCGAGCGCUGGUGACAAGAAGGAAGAGAAGGACAGGCACGCUGAUCCGACCGAAAACGUGGCCAGCGCGAUUGGACAGAUUCUCGAGACUGGUCGGCUCUUUGUGCGUAACCUUCCGUACCUCGCCACCGAGGAGGAGCUGCGCAAGGCCUUUGAGUCGUUCGGCCCCCUGUCAGAGGUGCACAUGCCCAUUUCAAAGGACACCAAGCGCCCCAAGGGGUUUGCCUACAUUCUUUACUUGCUGCCCGAGCAUGCUGUCAAGGCGUUUAAGACCAUGGACAACAAGGUGUUCCUCGGCCGUCUCCUGCACGUCUUGCCGGGUAAGGAGAAGCCGCAGCCGCGCGAGGCCGAUGACGCGCAACUGGGUUUCAAGUCGACUGUAAAGAAGGAGCGCGAUGCCAAGAGGAAGGCGCUUGCAGGAAGCGACUUUAACUGGAACUCUCUGUACAUGAGUGCCGACGCAGUGGCCGACUCGAUCUCUGAGCGCCUCAGCAUAUCGAAGGCGGACCUGCUUUCAGCCGACUCGAGCGGCAACCCCGCUGUUCGCUUGGCCCUGGCUGAGACCCACAUCAUCAACGACACCAAGCGUUUCUUCGAGGAGCACGGCGUGUCGCUGGACCACUUCGAGACCCGCGAGCGCAGCGACACGGUCAUCUUGGUCAAGAACAUUCCGUUCAGCGUCGAUGAGGAAGAGCUGCGCUCGCUUUUUGGAAAGUAUGGCGGUCUGGGCCGCGUGCUUGUGCCACCCACGCGCACCAUCGCCAUUGUCGAGUUCUUUGAGCCCAGUGAGGCCCGUGCCGCAUUCAGACACCUGGCGUACAAGCGCCUCAAGGACGCGCCAAUCUACCUGGAGCGUGCGCCAAAGGACACGUUUGACACCGCCUUUGACCCGGAGGCGGAUGCAUUGCGCCGCGAAAAGACCAAGACCUCGGAGCAGUCCAAGGUCGAUCUGGAAAAUAUGCACGAGCCACUCAACGACCCCGCGACCUCGCAUGUGUCUGCCCAGGGAUCCGGCAGCGGAAAGGGCGAGACUGGAUGCGUGCUGUUUGUCAAGAACCUUGACUUUGACACAACCGAGGAUACGCUGCGCGGCGUGUUUGACGGUGUAGAUGGUCUCGCGAGCGUGACCAUCCGCCGCAAGAAGGACCCCAAGCGUGCAGGCAAGUGGUUGUCGAUGGGCUUUGGCUUUGUCGAAUACAAGUCAGCCAAGGCCGCGCGCCAGGCCAUGGAGGCGUUCCAGGGCAUCGAGGUCGACGACCACGCGCUGGAGAUCAAGAUGUCAGACCGUGUAUCCAAGGGUGGAUCCGAUGGUGAUGCCGAGACCAUUGCCUCUGACAGCAAGAAACCAAAGGGCACCAAGCUGGUGGUCAAAAACGUGCCGUUCGAGGCUACACGCAAGGAUAUUCGCGACCUUGUCUCUGCGUUUGGCCAGACAAAGUCCGUGCGCCUGCCCAAAAAAUUUUCUGGCGGCCAUCGCGGUUUUGCCUUUGUCGAGUUCCUCACGCCACAGGAGGCUCAGCAUGUUUUGGACACGAUGAAGGACACGCAUUUGUACGGUCGCCAUCUGGUGCUUGGCUGGGCUGAGGAGGAGAACAGCUUGCAGGCUAUUCGCGAAAAGGUCGGCCGUCAGUUUGCCAAGGACACUGGCGAGAGCGUUACCACUGGCAAGCGCCGCAAGAUCGAGGAGGAUCUGGAGCAAGGUGCAGCCGGUGGUUCCGACUAUGACAUGAGUUCGGAUGAGGAUUAAUUUGCCCAACCACAAUCGUGAUUUCAGGGCGGCCCAAGUCACGAUUUUUGUUUUUAACUGUCCAACGUCUGGUUUCUUCCACAUUUCUGUUUUCUUUUUUACUUGUUUCCCCAA